AUGCUGGCAUUUAUGGGGAAGGAGCAGAGGUGGCGAUUUGGGGAACGACCUUCCCGGUGGUCCCUGAGCCUUCCUGACACAGCGCUCCUAGAAGAUGACUUCCAGUUCAUCCUUUGCGAGGGCUGCCGGCAGGAAUCACCCAACCUCAAGCUCCUCACCUGCCUCCACACCUUGUGCCUCGGUUGCCUGAGCAAAAACAAGCCCCUUGGGCAGUGCCCCGUGUGCCAGACAGCCUUCCCGCAGGCCAGUGACAUCCCCGACACAGACAACCUGCUCUUCGCCAGCCUGCAGGCCCGGCUCAAGGUCUACAAGAAGAUCGUUGAUGGAGUUGACUUGUUCUGCGACAACUGCAAGGAAGCCAGCGAGUUCUGGUGCUCUGAGUGCGAGGAGUUCCUCUGCACCAAGUGCUUCCAGGCCCACCAGCACUACCUGAAGAGGGAGAACCAUGAAGCCAAGAUGCUGAUGGACAUCAGGGCAGGGUCUGCUAAGGACUUCGUCAAGGGCACCAGGAGGACCGGUCAUUUGUCCUGCUCCAACCCGACCCACACGAGCGAGACUGUAAGCACCUACUGCGGGAAGUGUGAGAAGCCCCUGUGCUGCUCGUGCACGCUGCUGGACAGCCACCAUGCCCCCUUCUGCGACAUCCGCAGCGAGACCCAGCGCAGGCAGGAGGAGCUGGGCAUCAUGAGCCAGGAGCUGAAGCAGAAGAGAAGCAGCUUCGAGGCCACCUACGCGGCGCUGCAGGAUGAGGCCGUCCGGCUGGAGCAGGUGCAGCAGGAGAUGCGGGAGCUGAUCCGGCAGCGCGUGGAGCAGCUGGUGCGGCUGAUCCGGCAGGAGGAAGAGGAGCUGCUGGGGCUGGUGGAGGCGCAGCAGGAGCAGGGCCGGCAGGAGGUGGUGAGGGAGCUGCAGCGCGUGGAGGGGGUGCUGCGGCGGAUGGAGGCGGGCGAGCGGCUGGUGGAGAAGAUGAGCCUCUACGCCACGGAGCAGGAGGUGAUCCCCUGCGCCAGGCGCUCGGUGGGGCAGCUGCAGCAGCGGCAGCCACCAGCGACCGGGGACCGAGCGCAGCCCGGGGACUUGGCCGAGUGCAGAGCCAGGCUGCAGGCGCUGGUGGAGCGCGUCACGGGGCACCCAGGUACCUCCACUCCCCAGCACGACUCCCCGUCCGAAGACGAGACCACCCUGAUCCUCGACCUCGAGCCUCCCGGGGAGCAUUGCCAACCGCACGGAGGUCUCCCCGCGGGGCUUCCCGCCCACCAGCAGCCCUGCGCCCCUGUGUCAGACUCCUCCAGCGGCAGAGGACGCGUGAGCAUCCAGGACUCUCUGGCCUCCCUGCAGGAAGAUUUUGGUGGCUGGGCCAGGUCCAACAUGCAGCAGGCGAAUGAGCUCCUGAAGAUCGGCGAUCGCCUCCUGCAAGCUCAGCGCAGGGCAAACAGGCACAUGGUGUCCGUGACCCGGGAGAUCCGGGCCAUGUCCCACUCCCUGGCCACCAUCGCCUCUGCUGUCUCCACCUCUGCAAAGAGGAAGAAAGUCCAAAAUGCGAAUGUCGUGACGCCGCCGGUGAAGGUGAUAAAAGUUGCAGACAAUGACAACGGGUGGAAACGGAUGGUGCCAGAGCAGCCAAGCUGGUUGGACCAGCCUGGGACCAGCUGUUCGGUGCCCCCCAUGACUCUUGCCAGGGAGGACAACCUGCUGGAAGACGUGCCAGAUGGCAGCGAUGGGCUGCACGACUCAGAUAGUGAUAUUCUCUGCUUGGACAGCUGUGAGGAGGAGAGCACCGACGAGGAGCCGAUGGACUCCAGUCUGCUCGAUAACUUCAGCAAUAUCCUCGACAAGAGCUUUCCCGUCAGCAGCCAGGACACGCUGGACACGAGACAAGGGUCCCUGGUCUUCUUUGACGUGAAGAUUUUGAGUAAGAUCCUAGAAAAUGAAACCAUUCAGAUGACGGUGGUAGAUGGAGAGAAAAUAUUCCCAGUCCUGAUUCAUCCAGUGAAAUAUUUGCCCACCUUGAUGGCCAAAAAUAGGGUCUACGAGAUCGGUCUGAGGAAUCUGCUGUGCCACCUCAACACUGUCCACAAGCCCAUCCUGUGUGGCUUUGGUCUCUGGUCACUCCCCUUUCCCACCCUCUUGGAAGCGUUGAAGGUCAUGAGCAAGGACGAGGAGUUCAGCACUGUUGUGUAUGGCUUCCUGGACAUUUUGCCCCUGGUUAGGGAGGAGAACCCUGAGAGGGAUAACUACAAGCUGAACAACUUGGCCAGCACUUACCACUGGUGGCACUUUGGUGACAGCAGCGCCAUGGAGAACGCCAACAUCGUGAAGUACCUGUGCGAGGUCCUGGGUGUCAAUCUGGUGAAGAAACCCAGGCUGAUCCUCAGACAAACCAGCCUGGAGUCCUUCAUCUCCCUUCAGCCUUUGGUGGAUGAGAAGCUCCUCUCCAAGCCAUCAGCCCAAACACUGGCCACCCAAAACAUCAGCCUCACUAAGCUCUGGUUCAUCUACCACCAGAAAGGCGAGAAGGGGCUCCAGGAAUUGUGCUGUUGCAUCAACACUCACAAGCACAGCUCCCAGAAGAGAGUCCGAAACCUGAGCAAGGUCAAGGUGUUCUUCCAGCGCCAGGAGCAGUUGGCUGAAAGCCAGGAGACCUCGGCAGGCAGCCAUUUCCCAGGAGCCAUAAAGAGCGAGGAAAAGUGUUGA